AUGGCCUGUAUUAAGCUAAAGCAUCUCGAGCAGUAUCUGCAGACAGUGGACGACUUUAAGGAACCGAAGGUACGUCUCGAACAGUACCAGACACCGCCACACAUCGCGAGCCAAGCACUGUACACAAUUCAAACAUCGUACGCUGAUUUAGAGGGCCGUCUGGUGCUGGAUCUGGGCUGCGGUCCAGGCAUGUUAUCUAUCGGUGCCGGUCUGCUCGGUGCAGACUUUGUCCUUGGGGUGGAAAUCGAUGCGGUUGCGGCGGAGGAGUUUCGAAGCAACUGCGAUGAGUUUGAAAUGCAUAACGUCGACUGUUUACAGGCAGAUGUAUUGCACCUUCCCGCACUAUGGCACGAUAAGCCUUUGUUCGAUACGGUUUUACUUAAUCCACCGUUCGGUACGAAACAAAACAGUGGUAUUGACGUUGCUUUCCUGAAAGUUGCCCUUAUGCUGUCCCGCGGUGCCGUUUAUUCACUGCACAAAUCCGCCACAAGGGAGCACAUCAAAAAGAAAGCGCAGGAGUGGAAAGUUCGUGCCAGCCAAGUAGCGCAGCUGCGAUACAAUCUGCCACAGACUUACAAAUUUCACAAACGACCGAGCGUGGAUGUGGCAGUGGAUCUGUGGCGUUUCGAAAGUAAUGCCCGCAGCUAGGUUAGGCAGCUUUAUCCUAUGGGCCAAUGAGGCAAGCAAUUUUUGUUUCUCCUUUAAGUAAACAGAACAAGUUCAUCUGACAGAAUCACGUAUAGACAAAGCUAAAAUGAAGAGAAAAAAAAUCCAAUCCAUUAAGGAAGAUGAUUGUGCAUAGGAAAAUUCGUGGACGGUUAAGUAGCAGCUUAAGUAAAGACAAGUCUUUAUCGGGGUUUUGUUUCUUUUGUGCAACAUUUUAAAGUUUAGUAAGCGUAAACAGACAGUCAGACAGACACAAGCAGUCGGUAUAUCAUUAACCACAACGAUUAAUCGUUACUCUAAGCAUAAGAUUUUGUUUAAAUUAAUUUCCAUUUCAUUCAGUGUUUUGUGUUUAGUAAAAUUUCAAUAUUACGUGUAUAGCCGAAUCUGUAACAAGCAAAUUUUAAAAUAUUCUGUGUAAACUAAGAGUGGAUAAGUGCAAUCGCUCUCGGUACAGUUGAUGAAUGUUAAGCAAUGAAUCAAACGAUGCCUGUGGCUUGAGCGAAUCCUAAAAAAAAAACAUAGCCAAACAAACAAAAAAAGAGGAACGAAUAAAAACAUAAACCCCAAA